CAAAACACCAAACAUCUUCCAACAUGAGGCCCCCGACGCAUUUCGGUAACGAUAUUACCAACACCGAAGGGAAUGGCGAGGAACAACAGAACAACAACAACAAUAAUGGAGGCGGCGGAAAUGGGGCCAACAAUGGCAACAAUGGCGGAAACAACACGGAUUACAUUGUCGAGCGGUUGACGCAGAUGGGUGCCACAAUUAACUUCCCGAAGGUUGCGGGCCGUGGCAUCAUCCGGGUUGUGGAGCGCUGUGAUGAUGCGAAGGAGAACAACAAUCUAGAUCUUUCGGAAUGCGAACUGAUCCAGGUGCCCGAUGCAGUGUACCAUCUGAUGAGACACACCGAGUUGAAGACUUGUGAUUUGAGCAGCAAUGUGAUUACGAAGAUAUCUCCCAAAUUUGCUGUAAAGUUCAGCUUCAUCACAGAUCUCAACUUGUCACACAACCAGAUGGCCCGACUACCGGACGAGCUGGCCGAUCUACACUCGCUGGAAAUGCUGGACAUUUCGCACAACUCCUUCAUCACACUGCCCGCCGUAGUUUUCAAAAUGCCGAAGCUGCGCGAACUGAAAGCCAACAACAAUGCCAUCAUCGACAUCGAUCGGGACGAAAUAAUCACGUCCGAAUCGCUCGAGGUGGUCGAUCUGCGGCACAAUCCACUUACCCCGAUGUGUCACGAUCUGCUCAAGCAUGCCGUCGUUACCUUCCGGAUCGAGCUGUCCGAGCGGGAGAAGGAGGAUUGGGAAGAUUUGACGAUUUGAGGCACGUUUCCCAUUCUGAGUCGUUUGCUUUGCGCAAACGAAAUCGUGCGCUUUUCCUGCCUUCAAACGUGUAGCUUUAGCCGCAAAUUGAGCGACGCUCGGUAUGCAACAGAGAUGUGGCCGAGGUAUUUUCUAACUAGCUAGCAAGCUAAAACCGAUCAACCCGACACGCCUCAUAGGAUAUAUGUGUGGGUGUGUUGUGAGUGUUGCGGUCUUGAUCUUUCUGCACUAGGUUUAAGAUAUGAACAGGGGUUGCGUACGGAGCCCAGUGCUACUUAUAUCCUACUAACCACCGUGAACGCAUACGCCUGUUUGUCUAAUAUUAUGAAUUGUCCCUAAGCAAACCUAUAUUAUACGGAACGUACUCAUUAACCCUGUCUAGUGUGUAAAGUGAUCGUGUCAGCCUCUCUGCUCGUGUUGCGCCACAUUCUGUCUUUUAGCAGGGGAUGUAUCCGUCGGUGCUAGAUUUCUGUACAAAUUUUUGUAUAUGAGAGUAGAUUUUGAUCUAGUCAUUAGUCAUCCAGUGCAGCCAGAAUGUAAAUGUUCAAGAAAUAGGUCAAAAUUAAACUCGAUCACAACGGUUUCGGUGGAAUUGUAGAGCGGAAACGAAACGAACAAAGAAAUUAGACUAGACAGGGCGAAAGAAAACCAGCACUGAAACGACAAUCGAGAGAUAGAAAGAGUAGUGCUGCGUAAUGCGAUAGAUUGUAAUUUAUGAUGCAGAUCAUAAACGCGUGAUAUUAAAUAAGUCAAUCUGUGUACGUGUAAAACCAUUCUCUAAAGUAAGGCAGACAAAAAAAGGACGCUUACCUGUCUUGUACUGUAUCAAACUGUUGAGGUUUCAAUCCACCUUCUAGCCACACCCAAACAAAACUCAUCUAGUUGAAACUGUGUGCAAUUUAAGCGUUGGUACUGUUACAGGCAUGUGUUGAAAACAUAUCAUCGGAUUGAGUGCAACAGUACUGGCGAUCG